CUUCUAGAAGCAGUCUCUGGCGGCACCGUCCGAGUCAGUCAACGCUGUGCUCGAUGCCGCACCAAGUCAGCUGCGCCCAAGUCAUACGACAUCGAGAACUUGAGGUGCAAUUUAGGCAAAGCAGCAAAGCAAAGAUCUGUCGGAUAAUAGACCACGGUUCAGCAAAAGCACAACAUUCCACGAGUCCGAUAAAGAAACAAAUACUGUUUUACGAAGUUAAACUUCAAGUCCUACCAUUAUAUUCGACCGAUAAAUUCGACUAUUCACAAUGAAGGCAUCCAUUAUUACCAUGACCAUGGCUUUCUUGGGUGCAGCAGUCUCCCAAGAGAUCUUCAGAUGCCGUUGCGCAAGCGGAAGCAAUUUCGACGUGAGCCUGGACGGCAUCUCAAGUUUAUGUACCUCAAAGGGCGGAGAGAUCGAAAGCGCAGGUUUGUGCGUCAAGGUGCCCUCCAGAUUCACAGACGAUGAGUGCAUAAAGGUCGAAGCCGGAGCCAAGGGCGAUUGCAUCGUGGACACCAUCUCCGGCGGCUCCACCAGCUCUGUGUCCUCACCUGGCGCUACAGCACAAGCUACUCCUAAGCCUAGAGCUCUCGAUCCUCAGUCAUGGGUGGCAUAGUAUGGUGGAUACAGGGACGGUUAUUGCUGAUGAUGGGGCUACCUUAUCAUUGAGUUCCGUCGAAUGCCGCUCAAUUCUCUGAUUUAGUAGCGCUUAGG